AGCUGUGAACUUGUGUGAUAUGACCUGGGAGCCUCUGAAACUUCAAUUUCACAAGCCUUGGCUUCAAGCAGUAAGUUAUAAGCUACAGAUUUCUUAAGAUAUAUCAGUAACAUUCAUCUGUAUCCCAUAUCAACCCUUUCUUAUGUUCAAGCAAAGCGUCUGCAUGUCCUCUUGUGUAACACUUCGACAUUCUUUCUGUAUUGACUCUUCUGCCUUGUUUGUAGGUUAUCCAGUCCAAAUCCAGAGGACAGGAUGGGUUAACAUCAUAAAACUGGACUGACAGGGACAACUGAAAACUCAGGCAAAAGGGGAACAGGGCUGCCACCUCAAAGUGUUGUUUGGGGCCACUGAGCUGGGUUGGGUUUCUCUGGUCUCAGUUUACCUCAUGGUAAGAACCUUGGCACUGAGAAUGAGAACUGACUAAUUUCCCUCCCACUGAGAAGAGAUCAUUAUAAGUGUGUGCAAAGCAUACCAUUCACUGGUAUGAAUGCAGAGAGAUUAAAUGUCUUCAUGAAAAAAUUAAAAGUUCUUUCUAGAACAUAUACUCCUGAACAAGCCCUGUGUCACUUUUCUUACAGAGUCCCUCCUUCUCUGAAGGUGUGGCUGGCUCUGGCUUUUAUUUCCAUGCUCUCCUCAAAAAAGACAGAACAAAGCUGCUAGGAGCAGUAUACCAAUUUAGAACAACUUGGAUCAAUAAAUUUAUAGGUUUGAGAUUCUGAACGAGGACUCUCAUCAUUCCCUGUGCAGAAGCAGCCACAAAGUGGAUGUAUUUUAUAGUCUCCUCACUUCAAGUUAUUGUUGCACUUCAGAAGGGUGAGCUCCAAGAUUCAAAGCAGCAAGAGAGAUGCUGGUACUUAACUGCUCCAGGAAGCUGCAGAUGCUUGAGAAAAUGUUAAGGAAGAGUUUUCCUGAGUCCCUUAAGGUUUAUGGAGCUGUGAUGAACAUCAGCCGAGGGAACCCCUUCAGGACAGAAGUGGUGGUGGACUCAUGGCCAGACUUCAAAGCUGUUAUCACCCGGCCACAGAGGGAGAAUGAGAUGGAUGAUCUUGACCAUUACACCAAUGCUUAUGCAGUUUUCUACAAGGAGCUGGAGACUUACUGGGAACUAUUGGAAAACACAAAUGCUAUCAACUGGGGACAAAUUUUUCAGAUUCAAGGGCUCCAGGAUGGAAUAUGUGAAAUAUCCAGGACUGUGGCUUUAUCCAAGCAAGUAGAUGUGAAGACAUCCUCUUUCCAGAUGGUUAUCCAUCCAGACCCGGACAUGCUGCCAGAUGUCAAACUUCAGAUGGACCCCAAAUUGACCUUGGCUCACCUGGAUGUCUCCCAUGCCAGCCUGCUCAGCAAAACCUGGUCACGGGGAGGCAACCCAAGGUGCCAGAAGUAUCUUGCUGGCCUCAUUCGCUGCUUCCCCAGUGCCUGUGUCUUGGAUGAACAUGGGAAUCCCCUCUCCUGGAGCCUGACAGACCAGUUUGCCACCAUGAUUCAUAAUUACACCCUGCCAGAGCAUCGAAGGAAGGGUUACAGCAGGCUUGUGGCUACUACUCUAGCUAAGACAUUGCACAGGUGUGGCUUUCCAGCUCAGGGUAAUGUCCUGGAGACAAAUAGCCCAUCAAUAACAUUGCUGAAAAGCAUGAAUGCCCAGUUCCUUCCCUGCUCAUUUUUCAGAGUGAUUCAUACACCUUUUCAGUUUUUAGCCAAAUCUCACUUGUAGGCAAACUUCACAAACCUACAUUCAGAUCGGCUUUUUUGCACUGCUGGAGAACUUUGGUGGAAUUUAAUAACUUGGGUGAGAUCAGAAAUCAUAGGAGAGUUUCUUGUGUAAUCCUAGAAUCAAAGGUAGUAAAUGCUCACGACUUCUGUGCUCGAGGAAGUCUGUACUCAUGGCAAUUCCAAAU